GAAGCGCAUGGGACGGGAGAAGACGGAGGCAGAGAGAUUAGUCGUCCAACACACAACUGUUGACUUAAUCCUCUUUGAGAGGAUAGGCUUAGUAAACUACGAUUCUGUGUAGGUGCAGCCAUAUUGCAGGACCUGUGCUGUGUAAAGCAGAGUUUUCAGAGAAACUUAAAAAAAAAAAACAUUGAUAGAUUGUUGCUAAUCAUCCGCUCUACAAAAGGCGUUGGAUGACCAGACCUCCCUGGAAAAAAAUAGAGGGAAUUAAAACAUUCAUAGGCCUCCGUGAUUGCGUUAGCUAGGAUAGCCAGUCAUAACAAAUUCUUUCUCAACAAGUGCCCAACAGGCCGUCAAAAUGAAGGAUCGAUUGGAACAACUGAAAGAGAAAUGUGAAGUGCCAGAUGAUGUCGAGAUUCCUGUUGAGAAAGAGGCAUUUAUGGAUGAGUUUUUUUCCCAGGCUGAGGAUAUCCGCAACAGUAUUGAUAAGGUAGAUGAGAAUGUGACGGACAUUAAGAAGCUGUACUCAGUCAUCCUCUCCGCUCCUACAUCUGACCAGAAGACACAAGAUGACAUUGAAGCCCGUACCAAUGAGAUCAAGAAGCUGGCCAACAAUGCUCGCAAUAAGCUGAAGAGCAUUGAGAGGAGUUUGGAGACAAACGCAGAGGACAGAGUGUCAGCUGACGUAAGGAUAAAAAAGACUCAGCAUGCCAUCCUGGCCAAAAAAUUUGUGGAAGUGAUGACAAGGUACAAUGAGGCACAGAUGGAAUUCAGAGAUAAAAGCAAAGGACGCAUCGCCAGACAGCUUGAGAUCACGGGCAAAGAAACCACAGAUGACGAGUUAGAGGAGAUGCUGGAGGGCGGUAAUGCAGCUGUGUUCACAGCUGGGAUCAUGGCUUCAAACAUCUCAAAGGAGCAGAUGGGUGAGAUUGAAGCGCGACAUAAAGACAUCAUGCGCCUGGAGAGCAGCAUCAAGGAGCUGCAUGACAUGUUUGUGGACAUUGCCAUGAUAGUGGAGAACCAGGGUACCAUGAUUGAUAGAAUUGAAAGCAACAUGGACCAGUCAGUGGGCUUUGUAGAAAGGGCUGUGGCAGAUACCAAGAAAGCAGCAGCGUUUCGGCAGGCGGCCCGCAGGAAGCAGAUGAUGAUCAUGGUGUGCUGCUCAAUUGUUGCCAUCCUUGUUGGUUCUUAUCUGUACAGCUUUUUCAAAUAGGAUCACAACUAGGUGAAAAGAAGCUGCCCCAACAAGUAUUGUGGAUUCACUGUCAAGUGACAUCUAAAGGACCCAUGCCACUCUCUAUGCAUUUACCUGUAUUUCAAUGCCUCUCCUCAUCUCCCUGUCAUAAUUUGAUCUCUCUCUCUUAUUUGGGCCCUGUAUUGAUUCACUAUGUUAAAAUGCAGCCAUAACAAAACAUGCUAGGAUAUACGCACCAACUCCUAUCUCACUGUUUUUCAGAAAAGUAUGAAUGAAAAUGAAUCUUAUUUCUUGUAGGUUUGUUACUGUAAUCAUCCAAAUGAGAAGAGAAAGACUAUACAAAAACAUACCUAUACCCAAAUUGAGGGAAUGAUUAUAGUUUUCUUAUACACCAGAUUUUUAUAUAUGUAUAAUAACACAUUUUUGUGUCAUAUGCGCCAAUCAGUAGGGGGCGAUGUUACACCCACAACUUCUCACACCUCACAAACAUAGUUAUUACGUUUGUAGGAAGGUAAAAAAAAUAUUAUGACAUCAAAUGUAAUAAAUCACAAAUAUAGUGAAAUACCUGCUAUGUCUGUUGUAAAAGUAUGUUUAUCAAAAAUCAUCACCAUCUUGUGACCAUAUAAUCUCUUUUUUUUAGAGUCUAAUCUCUUUAUUGCGUGCGUGUGUAUGUAUAUAUGUAUGUACGUACGUACGUGUGUGUGUGUGUGUAUCUGUGUCUCUGUGUGUGUGUGUGUGUGUGUGUGUGUGUGUAUGUGUGUGUGUGUGUGAGAGAGAGAUCCUCCUCACUGGAUUUAAGGGUCUGGGUGGACUAUUGUCUCACUUCAUUGAGAGAAAUGCACCUGGGUGGUUGGUGUCUGUGUUUAAUGAAAAAUGUUACAUUGUUAGUUUUGGUUCUAAUGUGUGGGAAGUUUUUCGAAUUGAAACACCUUUUAAGAAAAGGCCCCCAAGGAUUAACAUAAUACCAAAUUGACCUGUCUUCCCUACUGUCUUUGCAUUUUUUUAAUUAGUAUGACUGGAAAAGUUCUGAUGUUUGUUUAGUGUGUUUCUCUGUGUAAGAUUUAUUUUCAAACCAAACAGGUCAAUAACAUCAGCAAGGACACUUACUUUUUGUAUUUGAUUGGAGGCAAAGCUGUUAUUUUGUUUUGACAAAAAAAAUUACAAAAUAUUUAAAAACUGACAAUUACAAUUGGCCCCUAGCUAUAAUCUGGAAAUAGUGCACAGAACACUCAGUCAGCAUACAAAUUAUAUGAUUUCUAAGGGGGAUAUUUUGAAGACAUUUCAUUACAUUUUUGGCAACAUAUUUUUACAACUGAUAUAACAGGUAGAGUUUCAUUAUAUUUGUGAUUUAGGCCUAUUAGGUGUGGCCUAAUACAAAAUGUUACCUCUCACAAAUGUAAUAACUUCCCGCAAUCAUAAUAUGCCUACUUACGUUUGUGGGAUAUUAGUUAUGAGCCUAAAUUUGUGGUAUACAGUAUACAUUUGUGGGUGGAACAGGCAACGUUUCAUUCAGCAAUGAUUCAGCAUCAAUUUGUAGAUCUUUAAGCGUCUGAUUGAACUCCUUUGCCUGUGUUGUUAAAGUUGUACACCAAAUUUCAACGUUACAUUUGUGUUUAAAAUAAUAAAUGGCCUGUCUUAAAUUAUGUAGCUUUACCUUCCUGUUGACGAUAAUGUAGUUAAAAUGAGGGCGUUGUAAAUGUUUCUGCUUGUAUUUGAUGCUGACCUGAAAAAGUCUCUCAGUUCAAAUCACAAUGAAGAAGGUGGUCUAAGUAGUAGCCCUAUAUUGUCUUGUUGAUGCUAUUUCUCUAUGCUGGAGACUUUGCUAUUUUGGUUUAAUGUAAUUAUACGAAGCUCCCCCUUUUACGACAACUUUUUUUGUGAAAUGAUCUGUCUAUCACCUAUUCUUAAUCCACUUUCUAUCAAAUAAAAAUGUCACUGGUUCAGUUA